CUGGCGGCUCGGUGCAGCAGCCCUGGCACGCGGCCCGCUGCGGCGCAUACUUGGCCAUGCGCUGCCGGAGCACAGCCAGCGCCGCCGGGGAGGCCAGGGGGGGAGUUGGAGGGGGGAGCGGCGGCCCCCCGGGAGCGCUGGCGGCCGCUUGGCGAAGGCCGAGGCCGAGCUCUGGAAGCUUCCCGCUGUUUCGCCCCGCCGCCGCGACCCUCUGCCCUCCGCCCCGGCGGCUAUAAAGGCACACGGCUCCGGCGGGGCGGGCGGCAGUGCAGGCGGCCGUCGGCGCGGGGGGACCAUGCUGGGCGCCUGGCUGCUGCUGUGGGGGGGCCUGGCGGCGGGCGCCGACCCGGCACUGCUGCGGCGUGCCGACGACGGCGCCGGGCGCUGCACCUACUCCUUCACGGUGGCCAGCCCCAGCGAGGCCAGCUGCCCCGAGGCCGGCGGCGCCCUGCGCGCGGAGCUGGCCGCCCUGGCCGCCCGCCUGAGCCUGCUGGAGAGCCGGGAGCCGGGUGCCACCGUGGCCGAGAGCCCGCGGGCCUGCGGCGAGCUGCGGCGCGCGGCCGCCCGCCUGGAGGAGGACAAGGGGCGGCUGGAGCGGGAGAAGGAGGAGCUGCGGCGGCGGCUGGAGAGCAGCGCCCGGGAGCUGGCCCGGCUGCGGGCGGGCUGCCCCCCGCGCGGCGACGGGCCCCUCCGCGACGCCCUGCACGGCUCCGGCCAAGCCUCCCGCUGGGACCCACAGACCGUCGACUACCAGGAGCUGAAGUCGGCCAGGAUGGAGGUUCCCGCUUCCCGCCUGCUGCAGGAGACGGCGCAAGGCCGCGCCGGCGCCGAGGACUCGGCAGGCUGUGGUGAGCUGGUGUGGGUAGGGGAGCCCGUCGUCUUCGGCCAGGCGGACUCCAUCGCCGGCAAGUACGGUGUGUGGAUGAAGGACCCGGAGCCCGUGCCCCCGUUCACGCGGGCGACCACGUGGCGCGUGGACACGGUGGGCACCGAGGUGCGCCAGCUCUUCCAGUACGACGACGCUGAGCAGUUCAGCAAGGGCUACCCCGCCAAGGUGCACAUCCUGCCGCGGGCGCUGGAGAGCACCGGCGCCGUGGUCUACCGCGGCGGCCUCUACUUCCAGCAGCGCCGCUCCCGCCUCCUGGCCAAGUACGACCUGCGGGGAGAGGCCAUCGUGGCCGAGAAGGAGAUCCCCGGCGCCGGCUACCACGGGCAGUACCCCUACUCCUGGGGCGGCUACACAGACAUCGACUUGGCGGUGGAUGAGACGGGGCUCUGGGUCAUCUACAGCACCGAGAAGGCCAAGGGGGCCAUCGUGCUGUCCAAGCUGGACCCGGAGACACUGGAGAUCCAGCGCAGCUGGGAGACCAACAUCCGCAAGCAGUCGGUGGCCAACGCCUUCGUCAUCUGCGGCGUCUUGUACACCAUCAGCAGCUACACCGUCCCCAACGCCACGGUCAACUUCUCCUAUGACACGGCCACCGGCACCAGCCGGCCCCUGAGCAUCCCCUUCCAGAACCGCUACCAGUACCUCAGCAUGGUGGACUACAACCCCGCGGAGCGGCAGCUCUUUGCCUGGGACAGCUUCCACAUGGUCGCCUACCCCGUCCGGCUCGCCCGCGCGUGAGCGGCGCGACAGCGCGAGGAGGAUGCGCUGCGCUCGCUCGCCUGAAGCAGGGGCUCUGGGGCCGCGGCACAGCUGAGCCCUCGCAACCCCCCGCGCGCACACACACCUCACACUGCUCCCCGGUUUUCCCUGAGCGCAGGCCUGGCUCUCGCACACCAGCACAGCAGCACCGCAACCGGGGUCCUUCACCGGAGCCGUCCCCGCUCCGCUCAAUCACGCCGGCACCACAAACAUGUCCGCUGGCUCCUCCUGCAAAGCCGGCUCACACUUGAAUGUGGGAAGAUGAAAUAACGUGCUUCUCCAGCGCUCGGCCGAGCCAGCAAACGCCUCUCCCCGGGCUCAGCAGGCUCGGACGGGCGGCAAUGGCAGGACAGCUCCAUCCACGGCGGGACUGGGCCGGCGUGCAGCUGUGCAAGCAGCCCCCCGGUCCUGGCGGUGCCUGGCCCCCGGGCAUCCUCCGAGAGCGCCCAGAGCUCAGCCCCAGUGCCGCUCGCCAGCCGGAGGCACGGAUUUGGAGCGGGGACGGCUCGGCCGCAGCGCGGGCUCAGCAGAGCAGGACGGAGCAUCCCGCGGUCAUUCCCAGCUGGCAGCCUUGCCACCCCUGCGUUCCCGGUUUAGCGGUGCGGCGGCGGAGAGGCGCUCUGUGCUGCGUGCCCGGAGCGACCGGCACGGGGCGGCCAUCCUCCCGCCGCCGCCUUCCCGCCGCGCUCACCCUCAGCCACGCCGCGUUGCUCUACACGCCCCCGCGCCGCCUGUAGCCGCCCCGUGCUGUUUUAAGAGCAUGCAUUUUUAACUAUUUAUUGUAAAAAAUGCUGCGGAAGGCUGAUGUUGACCCUGGUGCCGAGGGUAAGCGCAAGCAGCCGCCGCUCUGCCGCCGCUGGCCCCGAAGCAGGGGCAGAGCCUGCCCGGCGUGGCGGGAGCGGCGCUCGGGCCGCUCGCAAUAAACAUCACCCCCAAGGCCA